UUCUAAACAAUUCAAAGUAUUUUUAAACAAUUCGAAGUGAAUUUUUUAUAAAAUUAAAAUCUGUAAACAAAUGUUGGUAUUGUGACAGUUGUGGAAAACCCCAUCUGACAGUUUAGACCGAGCAUUUCUAGAAAAGGGCUGCAUAUCAUCUGGACCAAAAUGUGCAAAUGAUUGAUUAAAUAUGAAUAAAUUAACAACAUAUAGAAGCACUUAUUAAAGGGAGCUUUAUUUGAGAGUGUUGCCCUACCAUUGAGUGAACGGGACUCUUCAAUGUCGGACACUAACUGGAACAUGUACAGGUGUAAAUGCUCUUCUCUCCACUCCACUUAAUUUUACAAUAUGCCACUAAAAAAAAAAACGUUUUCUCCAAAAUAGUUCCUUCACAUAAUUACUUAGAACAGUCGGUGAUUUGUGUCAUUCUUCAGCACCACGGACAGCACCAUUCUCACACACACGCGCACACACACUCUAACCCCCCCCCCCCCCAGAAAUACCCAAACAUUGUCCCCAAUUCUAGACAAAUACGUUAUGCAGGGCUGGCGAGGCCAUCUCCCCCUGUUUGAGUGAUGUUGAUUAAGAAAUAAUAAUAAAAACUCCCCCUGUUUGUUGGUCUUUAGUGGGGAUUUGUUGACUGUUACAAAACAAUGGAAAAACCGAAGCCAUACCCUAAAAAAAUAUAAUGGAGCCAAAUGUGUACUCUUUAAAGUGUGAUGUAAUAUAGAAAGGGAAGAGCUGUACAACGUUCCCUGCUUGAGUGACGUUUAAGAGAUCAUUUAAGAACUUCAUGCUCUCCGUGUGUUGUGUAGGAAUGAAGUUCCCCGUGGACCUCCUGGCUAACGUCAGCCAGGCCGAGCUGGAGCGGUUGGCCGACAACUACAUGGACAACCUCCUCUACAGCAACCCCGAUUGCCCCGACCACCUCACCCUCUCCGACUCCACCCAGGUCACCAUAGACAUUACCAGCGUGGGCUUCGUCCCUCUCUAUGGAUGCGGCGGCAAACAGAAGAUGCUGGCCCUCUUCUCUCCCAGCGACCCGGUCACGGCUGUGGCCCUGUACCUGGUGAACCGCUGGUGGGCGGUGGACGACAUUCUCAAGACGGCUGACCCGACUCGAGGUGGAGCUGUGGAGGUGGAGACGAUGGGAGAAAAAAUAGUUUUAUACAUCCUCAAUCGCGUCGUCUAUCGAGCCAAUGAGAUGAGCCCCGAGGAGCUGCCCUUCCUCUGCCAUGGAGAAAAAGAUCACGCAAAAAUAAUCUGGAAUGAUGGAGAGGCUGUCGGCUUCUACUCAGUCAAACACUCAGGUAGCUUUUGGAGCUCUGUUUCAACCAGAAGCUAUGAGCUCCCCGUGAUGGACUCCAUCUUUGUUCGCAAAUGUCAGCGUGGAAAAGGCUUCGGCCUCCACAUGCUGGAGGACUUCGUGCUCAGUUUCAAAGAGGACUGUCUGGGGUUGAGGUACCCCAUAUCAAAGUUCAUGUAUAAAGUGUGUGAGAAAUACCUGUGUCAGUACCCAGGAGACACAGACCUGCUGUGGGAGGUGCAGAGCAUAGGUGGUCCCAGACAGAGGACCAAUAUCGCCAGGAAGAUCCAGGACAUGGACCAGAGUGCAGUAUCCAGGAGUCUGACAUUCACAGAGGAAUCACUCGUGAUCACUGAAAGGACGGAAAAGGAUGUGACGAUGGAGGCAAUUGUCACUCAAAUAACAAAAGCCGGCUCUAUGAAGCGCACGGUUGAAAUUGUGGAGGAAGUGACGGUGCUGAGCGCUACAAAAGUUUCAGAUGCCGAAGUGCCCCUCACAGCACGGGGUAGGAGUAGUGGCGCAAAACGAAGGAAGUUGGGACAAAAGAUUGGAGAGGAUACGACAGAAAAAGUCAUCAGAAUUGAGGAUAUUGAAGCAGAAUCCCCCAAUGAGGAUCAAGUUUUUACCCCACAGAAGAUAGAACUGCACGUCUCGGAAUUGGUGAGGACUGAGGGUACGUCCAGUGUGGCUCCUGAAGAGGAAGGAGAGGUUAUGGUUGAUACUGCACCUGAUGAUGCAGCUAAGAUGUCGGACCAUCCUAACACCAUCCUCGCCCAUCAAGACCUAGAAGAAGCUGAUGUUACAUUAGUACUUACGACUAAGGAGCCACAAGUAGGAGAUGUUGCCUUGCAUAAUCUCAACAGCAUCUCCUGUGACUCGCAGAUAACAGUUGAGAAUGUGGCAUCAGACACUGCAGCGCUGGCAGAGACUGCUGUAGCAAAGGAAAAUGAGAAUGAAAUAGUAACUGAUCAAUCUGAGAAUGAACAAAAUGGCGAGGAGGUAGAAACAUCAGUGAUACCGAAUAAAACAGAUGUCGAUGAGAUUGUAGAGCCCCCUGCAGAAGCUGCUGGUGAAGAAGAAAAAUAUAAACAAGCAGCAUACGAACAGGUGGAAGAACACCACCAGGUGGCAAAUGAUGCAGUCACAGUUACAAUGGAAGAGAAACGGUGUGCCAUUUCUGAGAUAUGUGCAGAUGGAGAAGCAGACGCUCCAGUAGGAGAUGAUGCUGAAGGGGACCUUGCAGUAGCUGAGGUAGAUGAGCCAAUGAACUUGGAAGAGGCACCAGUUGUUGAAACUAGAGCUCUGAGAAGUAAAACAAAAACAAGCACAGCUACGCCAAGACGCAAAACAACAAGAGGCAGAGAACAGGUGGAUACACAAGAAGCAGAGCAAAAACAAGAUGCAGUGGAAGUCAUAACAGGGCUGGGCUCAGAUCCACCAACAGAAGGGGACGAGGGGAAAGCCCCAAAGGAAGAUGGAAUGGAGGUGAAGAAUGAGGAUCUUGUUACUGCAGAGGUGGUGUCUGAGGAAGGAACAAUGACGAUAACUAUAGAGCAAGAGGACACAGCUGGAAUGGUACAAGAAGAGACGGACGCACCAUUGUCUUCACCGCCCAGCGACUCAGCUGUACUCUCACCUGUCGAAGAAGAGGCAACACCUUCAGCAGAGGAGCAACAGAGUGAGGACAUGGCAACCCAGCAUUCUGAUCUCCGUAGAAUGACAGUGGUUUUAGUGGACCUGCAAAAACUCCAUCACGACGUCCAGGAUGAAGCAGCAGCUACAGAGGAGGUACUUCCUGUACUAAAGACUGCUGCUGAGGCAGAAGAGGAAGCAGCCAAAAUACAAGAUCCUGGGGAGAGGAGAGAUGAGGAGACAGCUAAAGAAGAGGAGGCUAACAGUGUUGAUGUUGAGGAGCAAACACUUCUAGUUAAUGAAACCAGAACACCGAGAAGUGGAAAGCAAGCAGUCAAAGCCACACCAAGAACCAGAGGCAGACCUAGAAAAGUUCAAGUAAGGAAGGAGGUAGCAUCAGUAAUUCAGGCAGAGGAAGUCACGUUUUUAAGGACUGAAGGGAAACCUUUCCCCAUCGCACAGAGAAGUACGACAAAAAGAACCUCCAAGCAACUCCAGAAAGAAGAAGAAGAAGAAGAAGGAGGAGAGGAAUCUACAGCAGUGGAGGCAAGAGAGGAAGAGGAAGAACAGCAGAUAACUGAUCAGGAAAAGGAGGAGAGGCUUGAAGAAAUUGAUGCAACUGAACAAGUAGAAAACAAAGAAACAGAAAUGGCCCUAGAGAAAGAGGAUAUAGUGGCAGAGCGAGUACAAGAUGCAAUGGAAGAUCAAUCGAAGGGUAUAUCUAAAACAUCUGCAGAAAGGCAGGUAGAGGCCUCAGGUGAAGAAUAUGAUGAAGGAAACUCAUCUUUGGGGACUGAGGAAGUGGAACUGCCACCAAUUGUUGCAACUAGAUCUCUAAGUAGUGGCAAGAUGUCCAAAGCUCCACCAAAUAACAGGUCAAGACCAAGCACGAAGCAGUCAGACGAAGAGGAAGAGGAACUGGAACCUCCAGUGGUAAGAACAAUUCCAAAAAGAGGAAGGAAGUCUGUUCGUAGAAGCCACAAACAACUCCAGAACACGGAAGAGGGAGCAAAGGAAUCAGUUGUCGAAGCAGAGGUAGAGAAAGAAGAAGAUGCAGAUCCAGCCGAAAGUCCACCAACAGAAGUGGCCCAGCGGAAAGACCCAGAGUAUGAAAUUAGGGUGAAGAAUGAGGAUAUUGUUACUGCAAAGGUGGAGUCUGAGGGAGAAACAAUGACGAUGACUGUAGAGGAAGAGGAGACUGCUGGAGUGACAGCUGCUGCAGAUGAUUUGGUACAAGAAGAGACAGAGGCACCAUUACCUUCACCGCCCACCGACUCAGCUUUACGCCCACCUGUCGAAGAAGAGGCAACACCUUCGGCAAAGGAGCAACAAAGUGAGGACAUGGCAACCCAGCUUUCUGAUCUCCGUAGAAUGACAGUGGUUUUAGUGGAUCUGCAAAAAAAACAUCACAACGUCCAGGAGGAAGCAGCAGCUACAGAGGAGGUUCUUCCUGUACUAAAGACUGCUGCUGAGGCAGAAGAGGAAGCAGCCAACCAACAUGAUGCUCAGGAGGAGGGGCAGGACGACAGUACUGAAACAGUUGCCGAUGAGGACACAGAAGCUUCAGUUGAACAACAUGAUCAUGAGGGAAAUACCUUUGUUGUUGCAGAGGAAGCAGUCGCAAAGCAAGAUACAGUGGAAGGAGAAGAGUCAAACUCCGCAUGUGAAGUGGCGGAAGGUGCAACGGAGACGAUGUUGAUGGCAAAGGACGAGCAGGCAAAGGAUACAGAUGAGGAGGAAGCACCAGUUGUUGAACGAGUUCUAAGUAGCGGUAAAAAGGCCGUGAGAGACACAAAAAGAAGCAAAACGACAAAGGACCCUGAUGAUGAGCAAGAGGAACAGGCACCGGGAGAGAAAUGCACAGAAGUAGUUGAACCAGCAGUGGAAAUUAGAGCUUUGAGGAAGGGAAGAAAGCCUGCUGAGGCGACACCUAGACGUAAAUCCAAAAUAGCUCGCACACAGUGUCAGACUGAGGAAGCGGGAGAAGAAGAAGCAACUCCUGCUGAAGAGAUUGAAGGAGAGGAAGAAGAGGCAGGGCAGGAAUCAUCUGAGGAGGAAGGACUAGAGGUAGAGGAAAUGGAGAAAGAGGAAGAAGACGAUUCCCCUCGAAGGUCCGUACGAAAAAGGCCAAAAGUGGAUUACAGGGGAAAUGACGAGGGUGAGACUGUGGCCAACACUGACAAAGAGAAAGAGGUUUCAGUAGCAUCAGAUGAGGACCAAGGGGCCAACAAAUCUGAAUGUUCUUCAAAUGCAGAUGAAGUGGGAGAGGCAGCAGGUUCAAGCCAAGAGGACGAGCAAUUUGAGCAGAACACUGCGGAGGAAUCUAUUGUGAUUGGGGAGAUAGUUUUAAGAGGGAGGUCAGUUCCUUCAGUGAUCAUAACACCACACUCUAAAUCCAGACGCCGCAGCUCUAAAGUGCCGAGUGAAGCAAAGAGCCCUCGAUCAGCUCGGAAGAGAAAAAGUACUGAGGUGACGCGCGAGUCUAAGCGUCUCAGCCGAGUUUAGGAUGUUCAGAAUAAGUUCAUUGACAAUGACACAGAAGUGCAUGUGUAUGCAUUUAACUGGGAAAAUACAAAAAGAAACAAAAUUAUAUAUACAUAUUUACGUACAACAUUUUUUAAUGCAAGCGUCUGUGGUGUACAGGCUCACUGAGCGCUGCCCGGUGGAAUGCAGGGGCUACCCGGGACCACAGUGGCCGAAGGUUACAUGGUAAAUGGACCUGUACUUGUAAAGCGCUUUUCUAGUCUUCCGACCACUCAAAACGCUUUAACACUACAUGUCAUCAUUCACCCAUUCAUACACUGAUGGGAGGAGCUUACAUGCCAAUCCUUUGAUUGAAGGUUGAACUGGCUCUACCACGGAGCCACAGUCACCCCUUUAUGGGCUUGCUUUAGGGCCACUAUUAUCUUUCCUCUCUGCCCUCUUCAUCUGACCUGGGGACAGUGUCUCACAACUACUUACACCAGCAUUUCUCUUUUUUCUUACAAACACAAAACUAUUCUAAUGACAUACUGUGUCAGAUUUGAAAAGUGUUUUUACCCCAGUAAAACAUCACCAUAAAACGCGGGUUAUAAGUUGAUACUUUAAAAAAGAAUUUCCCCUCAACUUUGACCCGGCCGGAGGGGUUAAUCCGAGCAUCAGAGCAUGCACGCCUCUCUGCCAACAGCUACCUGCGGACUUUGAAGAAAAACUGUCCAACUUCAGAAACUUCACAGAAGAGAAAAUAGCCAAGCAUUUCAUUGGCCCGCAGGAUGUCAUUAAUAUGGAUGAGGUUCCACUGACCAUCGAUCUUCCUCUCACUCGUACUGUGAAUAAUAAAGGCACGGUCGUCAGUAACUGAAAACUACAGGACACGAGGAAACGCACUUCAAGUGCAUUCUAAGCUGCACAGCAGCGGGAGAGAAGCUUCCGUCUAUGGCGACUUUCAAAAGGAUUAAAUCUUCAGAAGUUUUUAUGCUAAUCUUUAUUCAUCUGAAAAGGACCCAAAUCAAGAAGACAUUGUUCUACCACAGAUUAACAAACAUACUUGACUCACCGGAAGAACUUUUUGCUGCCCUCAAUCUUAUGCCCAAUAACAAAGCACCAGGACCUGAUGGCUACCCUGCAGAGCUCUAUAAACACUUUUGGUUCAUUAUAGCUCCACUUUUUAACAAGAUGAUAACUGGAAUAAUAAAAAUAUUGCAAUUCCCAGCUAGCAUGAAUACACUCCUCCUCAAACCAAACAAAGAUCCAACUCCUCAAUUUAGUUACCGUCCCAUUUCGCUCCUCAAUGUAGAUAAUAAAAUCAUCACUAAGGCACUAGCUCACAGAUUAGAAAGUUACUUUUAAUAAAUUGAGAUCAAACCGGCUUUAACCAAAUUUUGUAUUACCGUUUUUGAGUAAAAAUGAUGUGGUCUGUCACACAUUCACCAAAAUGAUAAAGAUGGGACUGAGAAAUAACUUCAUAUUGCAGAUAAAGUUUCAUGGGGUGUGUGCAAAUAAAAAAUGACCAUUACAUUUUUUUUAAAUAAAUAUGUAUUGUACAUAGAAAAAUAAUUUAAAAAAUCUACAUUAUAUACAUGUUGAGAAAUAGAAAACAGAACACAACUAUUGACACAGACUAUUUACAAUAUGGCUUCACUAUAAUAACAUCAUGUCAUCGUGUCACGAGAUCUCUCUGCUGGCCGGGCAGGUGGAGCUGUAGGCGCUGGUGAAUCCUCUCUGUAAAAUACAAUACUAGUCAGCACCGCGCACACGUUACGGACACCGUGACACGUAACGUUUAGUGAAGACUUACCCGGGUCCAAGUGGAUCUCUUCUGGCUGCGUGUUCCUCCUCGUGGCUCUGCAGCCCCUCCAGGCUCUGCGCUGCUCGCCAAAAUCACUGCGGCUAUUUCUAAAUGAGCCUUACCUGUGUGGUGGGAGGUCCUUUGUGAUUUACUGAGUGUUCAUUGGUUGUUUUUUUCACAAAAUGUUGACAAACGGAUUGACAAAUCACGGUGAAGGGUUUCGUGUGACGAGUUCUUUCCGCGCCAACGCACACAGUAAAAUACUUCCUAAAAUAAAUUGCCUAUUCACAAUGAUUCCAUCUCAACCCACCCACUCCUGGUUAAAACGUCUUGACUCAAUCAUCACUCAAUUCUACUGGAGAAAUAAGACACAAAUAAUUAAACUGGCCACUUUACAAAAAACUAAAACACAAGGAGGACUUAAAGCCCGACAUUUUUUCCACUACUCACUAGAAAAUCAACUUCAAUACAUUCUUAAAUGGAUCCACCCCAAUCAAUCAGACAACACAUGGUUAGAUAUAGAACAGACUGUAAGGACAUUCAGAUUUCAGACCUACUAAUUCUCAGCCAAUCAAUCAAACGCCAGCCUCGCUUCAAAAUACUAACAAUAGCAGAAACUGACAGCCUGGUGGAAAUUCCACCAAAUCACUAACAUCCCUUUUGCACCCUCAAAUUUCACCCCUAUAUGGAACAAUCCGGACAUUCUAAGCAGUAAUAAACCUUUAAAUCUCCACAUAUGGUCCGCUAAAGGCAUCACUCAUUUGAAACACAUCUUUAAUAACAAUACCCUGGUUUAAUUUCCCCAUUUGGUUCUGAAGUAUGGGAACAAUCACUUUUUGGAGUAUCUGCAACUCAAAUCAUCUGUUCAAACAAAAUUUUACAUUAGGGCCACUAAUCUGGAAUGACCUCCCUCAACCUCAAAAUGAAUUAAUAUCACCUUCUCAAAUAAAUUAAUCUAAAGAAUGUGUAGCAUAUAUCACAGUCUAACGAAACAAUAUCCAUGCCAUCAAGAAAAUCGGAAUUAGAUAUAUCCAUCACUCCUCAUGUGUAUUUCUGAACCCAAAUCUGUACUAAUAUCUACUUCAUGACUAAAAAUGCAAAUUUACAACGAAUACAGUAUAAAAUACUUCACAGAAUUUACUACACUGGGCAAAACAUGUUUAAAAAAGAACUGGGUUUGUUAAGGUCUGCAUACAAAUGAACAAACUUGUUUCUCAAAAGCCAUAAUUGGCAUUUUAACUGAGAAUUCUUAGAAGUGGGGAAUUUCUCUUGUUAUACUGUGAAAAUGUGAAUGUCCGGGUUACGUCAUGCAACGCAACACAUCUCAAAAAUAUAUUUGGGUAUUUUUUUUACUCUUCAACAUGUAACAUAAUUUUGUGAAAAUGUUUUGACAUUUCUUUUGUCAAAUGCUCCCAAUAGUCUUUUACACCAUGGAGUCAUUUAUUUUGUGUAGUUGUUUAUGCUUUAAAUAAAUAAAAAAUACCAAAACAUGUUCUUGCUACAAUCAGCAAAACUCUUCUUAAUCUUAAUGUUCUCUUUUUUUUCCACAUGUAUUUUUAACACGUAAAUCCAUCUCAUGUGUCAUCAUCGCCUCUUCUGUGACACUUUUCCCUAACUCUGUGAACUUGAGCGGUCGACCCUGAGAGGAUGGUUGUUUCAAGCCCUCUAUCAUGUUUGCUGUUUUUAAUAAUGUGAUUAUUUAGUCAACAUUAUACUUGGGCUCAGUGGUGGUUCGUCCAUAGAGGGCGCUAGGGCGCCGCCCCUCUUAAAAUUUGUAGAUGAAAAAAAAGAAGAAGAAAAAAAAAAAUCCUGUCAAAAAACAUUAUAUGCCAAAUCAUUUAAAUAUUAAAUAUACCGUGUUGACGCGCUAAAUGUGUGUGGGAGACCGUCAGCCUGUCAACAACCACUUAAGUUAAUGUGAAAAAAUAUAAUAUAUCGCCAUUAUCACGGAGAGAAGCCCCUCCCCUUUUUCGAGGCGAUCUAACGUGUGUGUGUACGGCAUCGAGAAAAUAUUUCAGUCGUUUCGGCAAGGACCGGCUUCUCAUUGGCGGAUGAAACGUGAAUCUUGGGUCGCAAAAAUGUGCGCUCGUUGGCCAAUGACAUCGUUUUAUUAUUUCACGUGAUUGGACUAUUCGGCAGAUCAGAGACGUAUCGUUCCCUCAGCCCAGAGAGCUCCACGGAGCUACGGGAGCAGGUUGCUAACGGAGCUGUCAGCUGGAGGCUCAGUGAGUAAUGCGCUGUUUAAUUUCCCCUGUCUGUUGUUCCAAAGGGACUGAAACUCUCUGGACUACAACGGGGUGAGGGAUCUAAAGAGCUGCAGACAAGUGUAAAGCACGAAUCUUGCCGCAGUUAUCUAGCUAAGAGCAUUGAGCUAACUCGCUAACAGCCUGAAGCUAACCCUGUUUACAGUCAGCAGAAGGAGACCGAACAGGCAUCGAAACACAACGAAGAAGUUCUGAAAGACAGACACAUUCCCUCAAGAAUAAUGGAAACAGACAUGAUUGACUUUAACCAGAGAGUAAAGUGACCACUUUAAAGAGAGGAGGCUAUUUUUCUUUACAGUAGUGGGUCUGCUCUGUCACCCAAUGUAACAUGUGCUGCAUCUCUUUCUGACUCUAUUCUGCUCUGAACCUCUUUUAUUUUGCAAACCUCUGAAACCCAACCCAAUGUUCCUUAAAGCUGCUCUGAACCUCCCAUGCCCAAAGUUACAGUGUGUUGAUAGUUGUUGUUGGACCGUGUUGAGCACGCUGUGUUCUUGAAAUAAAGCUUUGUUUUUUACAAUAUUCUACUCAAAACCUCUUUUCUUCUCAUUGUUGAGUGAUAUUUAAACUGCGCCCCCCCCCCCCCCCAAAAUUCACCAGCCGCCACUGCUUGGUCUGUGAAACGAUUAACAUUUUUAAUCAGGUUAAUCACAGGUUUCUGUGCAAGUGACUUUUUUUCGUUCCGAUGUGCGCGCACACGCCGGCAUCCGAGCUCUGCGGCGUGCGAGACGGAGAUCGGAGUCGUGUUUACGCGACACGUAGAGACAGAAUGACAUGCUGCUGGUUCGAGACGACCAACAACAGACGGAUUGGAAGCUCAUUCUGCGCAUGCGUUAAAUGCAUUAAAAAAACAACCUAAUUAAUACUGUAAUUUAAUUAACUGAGUUAACGCGUUAUUUUUCACAGCACUACAUUAUACAUGUCAGUUUCAGUGUUUAUUUUGUUGUAGGCAUCAUUUGGAGGAUACCAUUUGAUUAGCUGUAUGAUGUAAAACUGAUCUUUCACAAAUGUGUUUGAGCUUAUUCAGGGUCAUUAUCUCAACUUAUUUGUAUGUGUGAAAUGAUGCUUCCGUGAGCUGAAAUUGUGGCAAAUAAAGGUUUCUGAAGGUAGUAUUUCAA